AAAAACUCUUAUGAUUUCAUUCUCCCAUCACAAAAGGACUCUUCUUUAUUCGCUUAUCAUUUUCUGGUUCUUUUAUAAUUUUUUUUUUGAUUUUCUGGGAAUAAAGUAUCAUCAGAAAGUUGGAUUCUUGGUCUCUUAUCGGACUUUAGAUUCGAAAGUUGCCCAGAAAUAGCAAAGCCGUGCUCUAUUUGACUGAGUGAAGAAAGUGGCCUUUUUUUAGCAGUAUCUCCCUUUUCUUUUGUCUGGGUUUUACUGUCUUUCAAUUAUUUUCUGGUAUUUUCUCUGCACACUUUCUGUAUGGGUUCACUUUCCUUGAAAUUUCUUGCUGUUUGAUGAACUUUUUGAGUAAACCUUUGAAGGAGGAUAAAUGGCGGAUUUUUUAAAUUUUCGUUUCCAUGCUUAUCUUUAACGUGUUCUUUCUCUUUUCAACCCUUUAUUCUCCUCGUGUCUGGUCUCAAAGGGAAUAUUUUCUUUGCUUAUUUUCUUUUUUAAUUCCACUCCCUCCUUACGUGUUCACUCUGCGAUCUCAAUGAGAAGAGGUGGAAGAAUCUGAAAAAAAACCCCAGAGAAUCACAAAUGAUGAAGAAAAUGGAUUGUUUCGUUCUUCGUUCGAUCAAAUACACCGAACACCGAUAUCAAACGACGCUCUUUUCAGAUAUCGGACUCGAAAAUCAGCGGGAAAUGAAGCGUCGGGUUGUUAGGAUUUCAGUUACAGAUGCCGACGCCACGGAUUCCUCCGGCGACGAAGAAGAAGAAGAAGCAAGCCGGUGUUGUUCUCGAAACAGAGUGAAGAAAUACGUCAACGAGAUAACUAUCGAGUCAUCUUGUUCCGUCAAAAGAGACACCUUUUCGAGGAGUAAAUCGUCGUUGUCGAAGAGUUCACGAAAAAGGCCGGCGGUGAAAGUUAAACCGUUACCGGCGGGUAAGAAGUACACAGGUGUAAGGCAACGGCCUUGGGGGAAAUGGGCGGCUGAGAUCAGGGAUCCGCUGAGACGUGUACGGCGAUGGUUAGGUACCUAUGAUACAGCCGAGGAAGCAGCGAGGGCAUAUGACAACGCGGCUAUUGAAUUACGUGGACCCGACGCGCUCACGAACUUCUCGGUUCCCAAAGGAAAGACGAUCCAAGUCGAAAACAGCCAAAAACCGUUAUCCAGCUCAGACUACAACUCCGGCGAAGACUCUCAAAACACAAACCUCUGCUCUCCGACUUCCGUUCUCCGUUUCCCGUCGUUUUCCGCUGCAGACGGUGGCGAUCUGCAAAACGUUAAAGAGCCCCGAGAAUCCGGGAGCGAACCCCGUGAUGUCGUUGAAGAGUCCUGCUUCAUAUCGGGAGAAAAAAUCUCGAAUUCCUCCGAUCAUCCAUCUUCGAGUGAUAUAUUCAGCUCAGUGCCGGGUUUGUUCGACGAUGAUACGAGCUUACACGAUUGUUUUCCGAAAGAUAAUUUCGGGUACGGGUUUUUUAGUUCGGAUGGUGAUUUCGAGUAUGGAUUCGGGGCUUCGUCGAGGUUGCAACGUGUCGAUAAUCAAUUCCAAGAUAUUGGGGAUUUGUUCGGGUCGGAUCAUGUGGGGGCAGUUUGAGUGUGUUUCUCCACCGAUCCUAUGGCGAGUUUUGGAUAGGCGGUAACUGAAAAUAUCGGGUGUUUUCUUUAAAUUUGUUAUGAUAUUAUUUAAUUGUUUAAAAAUGUUAGUAUUUAGUAAAAGUAAGACUAUUAAAUUAAAAUUUCUCCGUGACGACGUGUUUGGCUACGUGUUGUAUGAU